AUGGAAUGCACGCAUUAUAUUCUGGACCGCCAAGCCUUGAGACGUUGGUUCGAGACUGCUGGAUCAUGGUACAUGUCUGGCAUCUUCACAGUCCCAUGGGCAUAUAACACUUGCUGUUUGGGCUUUGAGGCUUUGUCUCAUGGACCACUGUUCUUUUUUGCUGUUGGUUUGGCGCACUACAUAGUUUUAUUCGUAACACUCUAUCAGCGACUUCCAACUAAUGAGACAGUAAUCCCAAAGGACCUCCAUCCUGUAUUCUUUCUGUUUGUUGCAGCACCAAGUGUAGCUUCCAUGGCAUGGGCAAAAAUCCAAGGCUCCUUUGAUUACAGUUCACGGAUUGCUUACUUCAUUGCCUUGUUCCUUUAUCUCUCACUGGUAGUCCGGGUUAACUUUUUCCGAGGAUUUAAGUUUUCUAUGGCAUGGUGGGUAUAUACUUUUCCAAUGACUGGUGCUGCCAGUGUAACCAUCAGGUACUCAAAUGAAGUCACAAAUGUGGUAACAAAAGCUCUGGCUGUUACACUCUCUCUCAUUGCCACAAUCACAGUCAUUGCUCUUUUCAUAACAACCAUCUUGCAUGGCUUGGUGCUCGGAAACCUCUUCCCCAAUGACAUUGCAAUUGCCAUCAGUGACAGAAAGCCAAAGCAAAUAAUGUGA